AUGCGCCCUGUCUGUACAGUUGCUGUGGACGGUUUACCAUCUGAAAGCUCCUCCAGCUCUUACCCAGGCCCCGUAUCUGUCUCUGAAAUGUCUCUUCUUCAUGCUUUGGGUCCCGUGCAGACCUGGCUGGGACAAGAGCUAGAGAAAUGUGGCAUUGAUGCCAUGAUUUAUACCCGAUACGUCCUCAGUCUUCUGCUGCAUGACAGCUAUGACUACGACCUGCAGGAACAGGAGAAUGACAUCUUCCUGGGCUGGGAAAAAGGAGCUUAUAAGAAAUGGGGAAAGAGUAAGAAAAAGGGCUCAGAUCUAACUGUAGAAGAAAUGAAAAAACAGGCUGCUGUCCAGUGUCUUCGAUCUGCUUCUGAUGAAAGCUCUGGCAUUGAGACUUUAGUGGAGGAGCUCUGCUCCAGGCUGAAGGACCUGCAAAGCCAGCAAGAAGAGAAGAUUCACAAGAAGUUAGAGGGGUCUCCCUCUCCAGAGGCAGAACUGUCGCCCACAGCGAAGGAUCAAGUGGAAAUGUACUAUGAAGCGUUUCCACCGCUGUCCGAGAAGCCAGUUUGCCUGCAGGAAAUCAUGACCGUGUGGAACAAGUCCGCAGUCGGCUCCUACUCGAGCUCGUCCUCGUCGUCCACAGCUCCUCCAGCCAGCACAGACACGCCCUCCCCCAAGGACUGCAACAGCGAAGGCGAGGUCAUCCGGGAGAGAAGCUGCGAUGCGCCCGCCAGCCUGCACGAGAGAACGCAGGGCGGCCGCAGCCACAGCGAGAAGGAGAACAGGUUCAGGAACGGGCCCGGCGAAGAGCGGCCCGCGCCGCCGCCCUACAAGAAGCAGAGCCGGCACCGGCCAGACGGGAAGCCGCGCCCGCGCUCCUGGUCCUCCGGCUCCAGCGAAGCCGGCUCGAGCUCCAGCGGGAACCAGGGGGAGCCAAAGGCGUCGGCGAAGUGCGUGAAGGCAAGGCACAAGGCGCGGGAGAUCCGGAACAAGAAAGGAGCGCGCAGCGCGCAGAGCCGGCUCUCGCUGAAGCACGCAGAGAAGGCGGAGAGACAGCCGCACGCCGCCGGGAGCAGCAGCAGCGGCGGCGGUGGCGGCGGCUCCAUCAGACAGCCGUGCAAGCGGGGCAGGCGGCCGCUGAAGGAGCCGGGCAGGAAGGAGGCGGGGGCCGCCGCGGGCAGAGGCCUGCUCCUGGAGAGCGGGGCGGACAGGCAGUACAAGGAGGAGCCGCUGUGGUACACGGAGCCCAUCGCCCAGUACUUCGCGCCCCUGAGCAGGAAGAGCAAGCUGGAGACCGCCUACCGCAGCAGCCAGGACGCGGGCGCCGCGGCCUCGGCCGCUGCGGAGGCGCUGUCCGAGUCGGUGCGCGGCCUUUGCAUCAGCAACAGCGACAUUCACAAGACAUACCUCGCGGCAGGCACUUUCAUCGAUGGUCAUUUUGUAGAAAUGCCUGCAGUCAUAAAUGAGGAUAUCGACCUCGCUGGGACCUCAUUCUGUCCUCUGCCAGAGGACGACAAAUACUUGGAUGAUAUUCAUCUGUCAGAAUUAACACACUUCUACGAAGUGGAUAUUGACCAAUCCAUGUUGGAUCCCGGUGCCUCAGAAACCACGCAAGGAGAAAGUCGGAUUUUGAAUAUGAUUCGACAAAAAAGCAAAGAGAAGACAGAUUUUGAGGCAGAAUGUUGCAUAGUGUUAGAUGGAAUGGAGUUGCAAGGGGAACGUGCAAUAUGGGCAGACUGUACCAGCUCUGUGGGUGCUGAGGGCUUUCUCCUGCAAGACCUCGGCGGCCUGGCCCAGUUCUGGGAGUGCUGUUCGUCCAGCUCUGGCGAUGCCGACGGGGAGAGUUUUGCGGGAGACUCCCCGGUUCGACUCUCCCCGACCUUAGACAGCACAGUGCUCAAUCCGCAUUUGCUGGCCGGCAAUCAAGAGCUCUUUUCAGAUAUUAAUGAAGGAUCUGGUAUAAACUCUUGUUUUUCAGUGUUUGAAGUGCAAUGCAGUAAUUCUGUUUUACCAUUUUCUUUUGAAACACUCAACUUGGGAAAUGAAAAUACAGAUUCUAGUGCUAACAUGCUUGGGAAAACACAGUCUAGAUUACUAAUAUGGACCAAAAAUAGUGCCUUUGAAGAAAAUGAACACUGUUCUAAUCUUUCAACAAGAACUUGUAGUCCAUGGUCCCAUUCAGAAGAAACACGUUCAGACAAUGAGACGUUAAAUAUCCAGUUUGAAGAAUCCACACAGUUUAACGCAGAGGAUAUUAAUUAUGUAGUUCCUAGAGUCUCGUCCAAUUAUGUAGAUGAAGAACUCCUAGAUUUUUUGCAGGAUGAAACUUGCCAGCAAAACAGUAGGACUUUAGGAGAAAUCCCAACAUUAGUUUUCCAAAAAAAAUCUAAACUAGAAUCUGUCUGUGGUAUUCAGCUAGAACAAAAAUCAGAGAGCAAAGCCUUCGAAACUACGCAAGUGUGCAGUGAAGGCAGUCCACGCGGAGACGGCUACAGCUCAGGGGUUAUCAAAGACAUUUGGACAAAGAUGGCAGACAGAAACUCUGCAGCUCUGCUAGAGAUAGAAAGCGCUGAUGAUGAGUUGUUCCCGACAGAUGUAAGUAACUGCUGCUGCUGCUUGGAUGCUGAGGCUCCGACGGAGCCCCUUCAGGAGCCCAACAAGGCCGUGCGGAGGUCAGAAUACCGUCUGUGGGAGGGCCAGAAGGAGACCCUGGAGAAGAGAGCCUUUGUGUCCGGCGAGCUGUCCAAGGUGGAUGGCGGGGACUACACCACCCCCUCAAAACCUUGGGACGUGGCCCAGGACAAAGAGAACUCAUUCAUCCUGGGAGGAGUUUACGGAGAGCUCAAAACCUUCAACAGCGAUGGGGAGUGGGCAGUCGCACCACCCAGUCACGCCAAAGGAAGUCUGUUGCAGUGUGCCGCUUCCGACGUGGUGACCAUAGCGGGGACAGAUGUCUUCAUGACCCCCGGAAACAGCUUCGCUCCUGGUCACAGGCAGUUAUGGAAGCCCUUUGUGUCCUUCGAACAGAACGACCCGCCGAAGAGCGGGGAAAACGGAUUGAAUAAGGGAUUUUCCUUCAUCUUCCAUGAAGACUUACUAGGAGCUUGUGGCAACUUUCAAGUUGAAGAUCCUGGACUCGAAUAUCCCUUCUCUUCCUUUGACUUAAGCAAUCCGUUUUCACAAGUUCUCCAUGUGGAGUGCUCCUUUGAACCCGAAGGGAUUGCAUCUUUCAGUCCUAGCUUCAAACCGAAAUCGAUCCUCUGCUCUGAUUCCGACAGCGAAGUUUUCCACCCCAGGAUAUGCGAUGUCGACAGAACCCAGUACCGGGCCAUCCGGAUCUCCCCCAGGACUCAUUUUCGCCCCAUCUCUGCGUCUGAACUCUCCCCCGGAGGAGGAAGCGAGUCAGAAUUUGAAUCCGAGAGAGAUGAAGCAAAUAUUCCCAUUCCUUCUCAAGUCGAUACAUUUGAAGAUCCACAGGCAGAUCUCAAACCCCUGGAAGAGGACGCAGAGAAAGAAGGCCAUUACUAUGGGAAGUCCGAGCUUGAGUCUGGGAAGUUCCUCCCUAGGCUAAAGAAGUCUGGGAUGGAGAAGAGUGCCCAGACAUCCCUGGAUUCCCAGGAGGAGUCGGCCGGGGUCCUACCGGCAAGAGAGCGGAACCCGUGUCUGGAGUGCAGCAUGAGUGAACCUCUGGAGAUCGACCUGGAAAGCCCAGAAGCAAACUGUAAAAUAAUGGCACAGUGCGAGGAAGAAAUUAAUCAUUUCUGCAGCUGCAAAGCAGGUUGUCAGUUCCCUGCUUAUGAAGAUAAUCCAGUUUCUUCAGGACAGCUGGAAGAGUUCCCUGUAUUGAACACUGAUGUGCAUGGAAUGAACCGAAGUCAAGAGAAACAAACCUGGUGGGAAAAAGCCUUGUACUCGCCUCUUUUCCCUGCCUCGGAGUGUGAAGAAUGUUAUACAAAUGCCAAGGGAGAGAAUGGUAUAGAAGAGUAUCCAGAUGUUAAAGAAAUGCCCAGUAAUGAAGAGCGUCUGUUAGAUUUUAAUAGGGUGUCUUCUGUUUAUGAAGCGAGGUGCGCAGCAGAGCGGGACGCCGGAGCCCAGCCCAACGGCUUCCACCGCACGCCGCGCUCCAGCGCGGGCUCUGCCGUGGAGGACUCGGGCUCGGAAGGUGGAGGCGAGUGGGCGGACCCCGGCGAAGAGGAGCUCUUCUCCCGAACUCAUCUCUAA